ACCAACUUCCCAAUUUUUCUUUCUUCUCUUCUCUCUAUGUUUCCAAUAGAUGGAGAUUUCUUAAAACCCAAUCUUCUACUGUGCAAAAGCAGCACCAAAUUUGCGUAAAACCCACUUGAUUGUUCGAUCCUCUCUCUCUAUAACUUGAAUCUUAAGUAUGAUUUUUCCUCCCCUUCUUUAAAUCAUCAGAAACUAUUCUUGGGUUUUUUGUCAACUCUUGGCAACCAAAAACAAAAACAAAUCCACACACACACACACACACAUAUAUAUAUAUUUCUCUGUCCUACGCAUUUGGAAUCCAAUUCUCUCACCAUAAUGGGGCGCCAUUCUUGCUGUCUGAAGCAGAAACUAAGGAAGGGCCUGUGGUCGCCUGAGGAAGACGAAAAACUCUUCAAUUACAUCACUAGAUUUGGCGUUGGCUGCUGGAGCUCUGUCCCAAAGCUUGCUGGUUUGCAGAGAUGUGGGAAGAGUUGCAGGCUGAGAUGGAUAAAUUACCUGAGGCCGGAUUUGAAAAGGGGAAUGUUUUCUCAGCAAGAAGAGGAUCUCAUUAUCAGUUUACACGAAGUUCUGGGCAACAGGUGGGCUCAAAUUGCGGCUCAAUUACCGGGAAGAACUGACAAUGAGAUAAAGAACUUCUGGAAUUCGAGCUUGAAGAAGAAGCUGAUGAAGCAAGGCAUUGACCCGAAUACCCACAAGCCCAUAAUCAACAUUCAGGAGAUUAAGGAGAAGAAAAUCUUCGAGGAUAAGGAAUUUGGUGGGAUCCAAAUCCAAAUCCCGGCGGGGCCAGGGGUUUCCGGCGGGCUGUCGUCCCAAGGCCCUGCAUUUCUCGUCGGCGGCGGUGGCGAGUACUACGACGGCGGAAUGACGGCGGCGCCGAUUCGAGACCAUUUCAUGAUCAACAUCAACAAGCAAGCGCUGGAUUCGCUGUCUUACUUGGAAUUCCAAACAGGGCUGGAUUUGGAUUCGUGUGUGAAUUUCGAAACCCAGUACCAGGAAUCGAAUUUCGGAUUCAGCUCAGUGCCGAGUUUGACGAAUUCCGAGGAAUUUUCGGACAAUUCGGGGUCGAACAUGAGCAACAACUAUGGGGGGUUCUACAUGAGCAACAAUAAUGGAGUGGAAAAUUCGACAUUCUGUUCGUGGGAAAACGAGAAUAAAAUCGACAGUUUUUUCCAGAUUCAUGGGAAUAAUAACAACGGGAUAAAAUCCGAGGAAUUGAAGAGAGGAACAGGAAGUUCAGUGAUGCAGGAUGGGCAGCUGAUUCAGAGCCGAAGCUCAGUAGAUUUCUGUAGCUAUCCAUUAACGUCGCUCUCACAAGAGAUAAGUGGAGGCAAUUUUGAUGCUUUCAACAAUUUGUGAACAAACUGUACAUUCAAUUCAAUCCUUCUCUCUCUCUCUCUCUCUCUCUCUCU